CUUGAUGUAAUAUUAUGUUAAAAAAAAAAACUAAAAUGCCGAAAAAUGAAGUUUAAGUACCUUUUCUAGAAGGUUUGUUAACAAAAUUAGAACUUCCAAAAUUUAGCUACCUAUUUCAAAAUGGGCUACAGUUUAGGUAAGCUCCUUACAUAUUGACCUUUCAGAUAUUUUUAUCUUAUCAGCCUUGUAGCAAUAUUUGGACCUCUGUGGAAGAAGAUUCUUAGAUUCUAAACUAUUGUACUGGGCUACAUCUACAUAACACCAGCAUCCUUCAGAAAAGAGCUGCAAGAAUCAGAAAAUGUAUACCACCAGGCCCCUCUCCACCUUCAGGGGAUCUCAUGGCGAGCGGCGAUCCGAAGAGCCAUUCUCGGGCUCCCUUUUUCUCGACGACCAGAGCGAGUUCAACAUCUUAUCAUCCUCUUGCUGCUGGGCGAAAAACGUGAAGGAACCCCUCAAGAAUCUUCCAUUCCCUCAAGAUAGGAUCAUCACCAUCAAAUACUCCCCACGAGGUGAAAAGAAUAUUAAAAGGGCUAAUAAGGCGACAGUCUUCUUCGUGCCAGUCUUAAAUCAACCAUCGUCGGCGUCAUUUAACCGAUACCAUGUUAUCAUUGCAAAAGGAAGAAAUAAGGGGAAAGUAUAUGUGUGCUCUAAAGAGGGCAUCGGUGCAUGUUGCUCAUGCCGCGGGGAAGGAGACGUGAAACCAAGACCUUUUGAUCAUCGCGACGUACACCAACAAAUGGAAAUUGUGUGUGAGAAAGAAGGAUUAUUCACCGCCAAGUCGGUAGCUCACGAUGGCCAACCUCCAUGGUUACUAGGAAGCAAGUAUUGGAAAGCUUAUGCUUCGAAACCGAAGAAUUGUCACUUAAGUGAGGCCUUGGGGCUUAGGCAACCCCUUCGUUCAUGUUUACCCGAUUUAAACUUCCCGAUACACGCACGAGAUUGUCCGAAAGUUACUAUCGGUAAAUGGUAUUGCCCAUUUGUGUUUGUUAAGGAAGCAGGCGGUUUGGAUGUUCAAAUGAAGCGCGCCUUAUAUUACGAGAUGACUCUCGAGCAAUUUUGGAAGGAGAUUUACACGUGCGAGAACAACAGCGGCGAAGAGAGAACGGUGGAGGUGAACGCGCUCGUCGAGAGCAAAGCCGUUUUUGUAGAUGGUAAAGAAGUGGGACAAGAUAACAAGCGCCGCCGCGAUGGUUUCAUAUGGUUUGCGCCUUUUGAAUCGAAACCGAAGGGUGUUGGGUUGAGCUUGGCUAUACGGGAGAGAAUGAUAUGGGAGCAAAAGAAGGGAGGAUGGAUUGGUGAUGAUGAAGAUGAAGAGGUGGAGAGGAUUGUGAGGGAAUUUGGAGGAGAGAAUAAUAUGUGGAGGAGGUUUGCUUGCUAUAUCUUGGUGGAGAGGUAUGUUCUCAAGAGGGUGGAUGGGAGCUUGGCUUUGACUUUUGAUUUUAGGCAUCUUAUUAAGUUCAGAACCAAAUGGGAGUAAGUAAUUCUUUUUCUUUUGUUUUAUCUUUUUAGGAUCCUUCUUGUGGCAUGUAUUGUAAUAAGCAUUUUACUUUGUCAAUAUGUAAGUUUUAAUAUGUUAUAAACACAAGAGUAAUGGUUGUGUGACCAAAGAAUUAGGGGAAUACAUUUUGUAAACUGUUUCUCAUGGAAUAAUUAUACUUCUCCCAGGUCAA